UACUUCUUUUGCUUGCCGCUGCUGUCUCUGUUCAUCUGUUGCGCUCAUUCAUCCAUAUCUAGCUCUUCAGCAAUUUUGGUUUCAUAAUUGAUUGUUUUGGAGUUUCUGUUUGAUUCGCUUAGAUCUAUUCUAAUCGCUGUUUUCCGACGUUGGUUGCUUGAUCUGAAAAAAUGGCAUCCCAUAUUGUUGGAUACCCCCGAAUGGGCCCCAAGAGAGAGCUCAAAUUUGCUCUGGAAUCUUUCUGGGAUGGCAAGAGUAGUGCCGAGGAUUUGGAAAAGGUGGCAGCUGACCUCAGAGCAUCCAUUUGGAAGCAGAUGUCUGAUGUUGGGAUCAAGUACAUUCCCAGCAACACAUUCUCAUACUAUGAUCAGGUGCUUGACACAACUGCGAUGCUCGGUGCUGUUCCCCCAAGAUACAACUGGACUGGUGGAGAGAUUGGUUUCUCCACUUUCUUCUCCAUGGCCAGAGGAAAUGCUUCUGUUCCUGCUAUGGAGAUGACCAAGUGGUUUGACACCAACUACCACUUCAUUGUCCCAGAAUUGGGACCUGAUGUGAAAUUUUCUUAUGCUUCUCACAAAGCUGUUAAUGAAUACAAAGAGGCUAAGGCGCUCGGUGUUGAUACUGUUCCAGUUCUUGUUGGUCCUGUUUCAUACUUAUUGCUUUCCAAACCUGCCAAGGGUGUUGAGAAAACUUUCCCUCUUCUUUCCCUUCUUGACAAAAUUCUUCCAAUCUACAAGGAAGUUAUUGCUGAGCUGAAAGCAGCCGGUGCAUCUUGGAUUCAGUUUGAUGAGCCCACCUUAGUUAAGGAUCUUGAGUCUCACCAGUUGGAAGCAUUCACAAAGGCAUAUGCUGACCUUCAAUCAUCUUUGUCUGGCGUUGAUGUUCUAAUUGAGACUUAUUUUGCUGACAUUCCUGCGGCUGCAUUCAAAAUCCUUACCUCAUUGAGUGGAGUUUCUGGUUAUGGUUUUGAUUUGGUUCGUGGAACCCAGACCCUUGAUUUAAUCAAGGGUGGAUUUCCAUCUGGAAAAUACCUCUUUGCUGGAGUUGUUGAUGGAAGGAACAUCUGGGCUAAUGAUCUGGCAGCAUCCCUCUCCACCCUGCAGUCUCUUGAAAGCAUAGUGGGAAAGGACAAACUUGUUGUGUCGACCUCCUGCUCACUUCUCCACACUGCAGUGGAUCUGGUAAAUGAGCCUAAGUUGGACCAAGAAAUUAAAUCAUGGCUCGCAUUUGCAGCUCAAAAGGUUGUUGAAGUAAAUGCUUUGGCAAAGGCAUUGACUGGUCAGAAGGAUGAGGCAUACUUCUCUGCCAAUGCUGCUGCUCAGGCAUCUAGGAAAUCCUCACCUAGGGUGAACAAUGAAGCUGUCCAAAAGGCUGCCGCUGCAUUGAAGGGUUCUGACCAUCGUCGUGCUACAAACGUUAGUGCCAGACUUGAUGCUCAACAGAAGAAGCUUAACCUUCCAAUCCUCCCAACCACCACUAUUGGUUCAUUCCCACAGACAGUGGAACUCAGAAGAGUGCGCCGUGAAUACAAGGCCAAGAAGAUCUCUGAGGAGGACUACGAUAAAGCUAUCAAGGAGGAGAUCAGCAAGGUUGUCAAGCUUCAAGAAGAGCUUGACAUUGAUGUUCUAGUUCACGGAGAGCCAGAGAGAAACGAUAUGGUUGAGUACUUUGGAGAGCAGCUGUCUGGUUUUGCCUUCACAGCAAAUGGCUGGGUGCAAUCAUAUGGAUCUCGAUGUGUGAAGCCACCAAUCAUCUAUGGUGAUGUCAGUCGCCCCAACCCAAUGACUGUUUACUGGUCCUCUGCUGCCCAGAGCAUGACCAAGCGCCCGAUGAAGGGAAUGCUCACUGGCCCUGUUACCAUUCUCAAUUGGUCUUUUGUGAGAAACGACCAACCCAGAUCCGAGACCUGUUAUCAGAUUGCUUUGGCCAUUAAGGAUGAAGUCGAGGAUCUUGAGAAGGCCGGUAUUACUGUGAUCCAAAUCGACGAAGCUGCAUUGAGAGAAGGGCUGCCUCUACGCAAAUCCGAGCAUGCUUUCUACCUGGAUUGGGCUGUACACUCCUUCAGAAUCACCAACGUGGGAGUUCAAGAUACUACCCAGGUGUGUGUCGUCUCUUGUCCUUCACACAACAUUUCCUUGAAUGGACUAAUUUGUUGGUUAUUUUGAUGGACAGAUCCACACCCACAUGUGCUACUCCAACUUCAAUGACAUCAUCCACUCCAUCAUCAACAUGGAUGCCGAUGUGAUCACAAUUGAGAACUCACGUUCAGACGAGAAGCUGCUGUCAGUGUUCCGUGAGGGAGUCAAGUACGGAGCUGGAAUCGGGCCAGGUGUGUACGACAUCCACUCCCCGAGAAUCCCAUCUACGGAGGAGAUUGCGGACAGGAUCGAGAAGAUGCUUGCUGUCCUUGAGACCAACAUCUUGUGGGUGAACCCAGACUGCGGUCUCAAGACUCGCAAAUACGGAGAGGUGAAGCCCGCCCUCGAGAACAUGGUUUCUGCUGCCAAGCUCCUCCGAGCCAAGCUUGGCAGUGCAAAAUGAGUCUACGAUGGGUUGGUUGUGCUAAGCUAAACAGAGUAUUGUUAUGAAAUAACUUUGGUCCCUGAUGAGAGAUCAUUUUCUAGGUGGCAUUUUGCUUUCCAUCCUUUCUUUAAGUAUAUUUCUGUCUUUCUAGGAAUUCGUUUACUAUAAUAUUGAGUGUAUCCUCGUGGGAAAUUGAAAGAAUUUUGUGUUUUUUGUAUCUCGGCAACUUUUUAGAAAGAUGGUCGUUGUAUCCCAAAACUACUAUCUGUUGCUCUAAUUUGCAUUACUCAAUAAAUAAUCAGAUCUCGGAACUUUCAUUUGGUUA